CAAAGGCCGAAAAAAAAAUCAUUCACCGCCGAGCUGUCCCUCUCCAGUUUUAUCCCACUGUUUCCCUGGUAUUCCUUCUUUGGGCUUGCCGUAGGAAAAUUUCUGCUCGCCUUAUAAGCCAUCCCACCUCCCCCGCCCUCCUACAUCCUACUUUCUCUCUCAUACAUCUUUCUUUUCUUUUUAUUUGAUACCCGCUGUAUUCUAGCAACACUACAUACAAUCACAAUGUCUGAGGAAUCGCCCAUCUCUUACUCUCAGCUCCGCGACUUGGAGGAUGACUUCGAGGACAUUGACCUCCAGAUGCUCCGCCAGCAGGAUGCUCUGACCAAGGACCUCUACGCCAAGCGUGAGGCUCUCGUCAGCCAGAUUGACAACUUCUGGCCCCUCGUCUUCACCCAGGCCCCCUCCGAGAUUGACGAGUACAUCCAGCCCACCGACUCUACUGUCCUUGUCAACUCUCUCAAGAGCCUGAGCGUUGAGCGCUUCGAGCUCCCCGAGGGCGACCCCCGCAGCAUCUCCAUCAAGUUCGAGUUCAACGAGAACGAGUUCUUUGAGGACAAGACCAUUGAGAAGAAGUUCUGGUGGCGCAACGCCAAGGAUGGCUGGGCCGGCCUCGUCUCCGAGCCCGUCAACAUCAAGUGGAAGUCUGCCGACAAGGACUUGACCACCGGCAUGCUCGACCUUGCCAACAAGAUCUUUGCUGAGGAGAAGGAGGGCAAGGCUGCUCCCGCUGACGAGACCGAGAACAAGAAGAAGCUCAUUGAGAUCAUGGAGAAGGAGGGCCUUGGCGGCGUCUCUUUCUUCUGCUUCUUCGGCUACACUGGCCGCAACAUCUCCGAGGAGGAGCACAAGGCUGCCACCAUUGUCGAGGCUCAGAACCGCAAGCUCCGCAAGGAGGGCAAGGAGGUCAAGGACGACGAGGAGGAUGAGGAGGAGGACGGCUUCGACGAGUUCGAGUACGAGAUCUUCCCCAUGGCCAGCGAUGUUGCCGUCGCCAUUGUUGAGGACCUCUGGCCCUCUGCUAUCCGCUACUUCACCGACGCUCAGGAGCUUGAGGCUAUGAGCGACAUUGACUUUGAGGACGACGACGAGGAUGAGGACAUGGAGGACGACGACGAGCUCGACGGCCAGCCCAGCUCCAAGAAGCAGAAGGCUUAAGCGCGAUGCUUUUUAAGUCGUUGCCGCAAUUGUCUAUGAUAAAAACCGGUGUUUGAUACAAGAUAGAGGCGAACAAUUAAUGAUGAAAUGCUUUCUUAUGCUUAC